GUUUCCAAACAUCCAAACGACCCUCCUGAUAACAACAGCGUGGAAGGAUUUCUCUCAUUCACUUGCUUCGAUUUUCCUUCAUUUUUAGACCUCUUCGUGCGCUCCUGCAUGCAAUAAUUGGAAGUUCGCAUUUGGUUAGUCUGAGCCAGCCUUAUUUCCCCUCUUGUUCGUCAAAUAGGAAGAGAGUCUGACGUUCACCCCCCCGUCUUUCGGAGCCACAUUCCUGGCUUCCCUGUCCCUCACUUACCCACCCCACAAUCACCUCUCCAGCGUCCCGUGGUCGUGCCCACCGACUCGACCCAGACAAGACACCGCGGAGCUUCUAGCUUUCCUCUCUUCCAAACUACGCUAAUCAAGACAUCGAAACUCGCCUUCAAUAACCCGUCUAAUCAACUUGCUUAAUCACAAUGGCCGUCGAACCCGCUCCCACGUCUUCUCCCGUGGCCACUUCCGAACUGACCAAGAUAGCCACCGAGGCCUGCGAUUUCGCCCUCAAAGAUGUAACGGAGUACGAUCACUCCCGGGUCGCAGACUGGAACUCGCACAUCAUUAACACUAUCCUCAAAGCCCUCAUCAGCGCCACGGCUCCCUCCACCGCCUCUUCUUCUCCCCCCUACCGCUUCGUCGUGAACAGCACCAUCGUCCAACAGGGCCUGAUCGACAAGUCCGCCGCGGCGGACGGCACCACCGCCAAUGCCGGCAAGCGCGGAAUGCACUCCGCCUCCGGUGCCUUCUGGGACGUCAAUCGGGAUGGAAUGUGGACGUUCAAAUACCCCGGUGCCGAGGAGAGGGGCCUGGACGUUGUUGUCAGUGUGACGUGGUUUGUAUUGGGUUAAACCGCCAGUCUUGCAAUAUAGGAGCGGAGGAGCACUUCCAUGAGGGUGAUACAUCCUGACAUUUAUAAAGGUUCAUAUUGGUUAUCUGCUAGCGAGAGCUAUCGCGCGUUAAUUGGUUGUAUCAAUUGGAGCGGGGUUGGCACCGUGUUCUGGUUUACUUUCUUUGGAAAUUGCGAGUUUGAUUCUCUGUUUUGAAGCCGUGAUUCUUGUUGUGCUGAGAGAAUGGAGAAUGAUACCAUGGCCUUGUUGUAAUAAUUGAAUUUUGAGGAUAUAUUUC